GAAGUCUGCAACAUCUUCGUCUCGCUCAUCCGGAACUGAAUGUUUGUUGUUGGAGUCGUUGAUUUUGAUGCUAAAUGAUUAUAGUUUCUGUUGUAUAUUUUGCGCAUUUUAAUAAACGCACAAUAAUCUCCUCGUUAUGGGUGGCUACGGGGUGAUGGCAGAUGAGGAGUCUCUAGAUUAUUCGGUACACGAAGCCUGGAACGAGGCCACUAAUGUUUACUUGCUGGUUAUUUUGGUCAGUUUUGCCCUGCUAAUGUACGCCAGAAAAAACAAGAGGAAGAUUAUGCGCAUAUUUACACUGCCACCGACAGUCGGCAGCUCAUCGGAGCCAAACUUCUACGACAGUCUGCAGAAGGUCCGACUCAGACAACAACUGGAAAUGUAUUCACUGGCUCGUAAAUAUGACCAGCAGCAGUCGCAGUCUGAGAGUGUGCAGCUGUCAAUGGAGUGAUUUGACCAGAGGAGGCGCUCUUCACCCAUCAAUGUUGCUCAUGUCAAUAAAGCCGGUACGAACCAAAUCUAAACAGACGUGAGUUAUAGAGAGUCCAGAGAUGCGGAUUGCUGAGGAAUGAACAUGACUGGAAACUUUUUGAAUGUGAUUUAUUUUAUUUUAUUGGAAGAGCCUUUUAUUUUUCUCUGCAUCCUUCAUACCUUUUAAACAUUUAGUAGGUGACAAUUAUUUUAAGAACUUGUAAUAUGAUUUUGUUUUGAGGGCUUCGAUGGACUAUAAUACAGACUGCCCUCUGGUGUUGGAUUUAAAAUGGUUUGGUGUCUCCUAAACUUGACAAACACUCUCUGUGUAUAUAAGGACAUUAAGCCCAGCAUUUGUACUCUCUUUUCAAAAUACAAAAUGUUGACAAAAGUUUAAAAAAGCUGAAUAUACCAUACACAGAGUUUUGUUGUUGCGCAUGCUAGUCAUAUAUUGCCCUCUAGUGUUGCAAAUACCUUUUGUUUUGGACUGACCUGCAGGCUGUUUAAUGAAUGUUUACUUAAAAUAAAGAUUUUAAACAACACAAAUUCAUAUUUU